CGAAGAGAUAUAAAGAAGUUUGUUAGAGGAAAUAUAACUGCCUCUAAAGUCUAAACUUGAUCAACGAAAGAUCAGAGCGAAUAUGUGGGAAAUGUUUCUCGAACUUCAUUCCACCGCAUUUCACUGACCAAGCGAGCUGAAGAACAAAUUUCCCUCGUUAAUUUUCACAAAUUUUUCUGCCGUGAGAAUUUGAAGCUUGCCGCAAGCUUCUUCGUCUUUCUUUUACUUGCUUCUUCAGUGAUUAUGCUGUAGCCUUAAGCAGCUGUGGAAUACAAUUAGCGAGGAAUCAUCUUGGUGGAAUCCAUUAUGUACAGGCAGUACUCUAGUAGGAACCAGAGAAAUAGGGGAAUCAAGGUUAAGAAUGCUCUGCAAAUUUGCUUAUUUGUUGCUAUUUGCUUUUGGUUGAUUUACCAAGUUAAGCGCUCUCAUGAUAAGAAUGAAGAAUUUGAAGCAAGUGGCGAAAAAGGCUUUCUGGACAGAGGAAGUGUUGGUGGACUCAUACGGAUCAGAAGGAAGAAUAUUCAUCCCCUAUAUGAGGAGAUUGUGACUGAGAAAAAGCAGGAUGAUGAAGCAACGGAAGAGGAGGAGACCACUGAAGAAGAUGAGCAUGAAGUAGACAAAUUAAAUACAGAGGUUGAUCAAGAAGAGGAUAACGUAACUGAUGGGGCAAGAGAAGAUGGUAUUGACAGAGAAACUGAAGGAGAAAUCAGUGAUGAUGGCAAUGGCAGAGAACCGGAGAUUUCUGUGGAGGAUGGCAGUCAUGACAGAGGCGAUAAGAGUAACCAUGAGGCACGUGAGGAUUUUCAUGAGGCUGAUGGUGCAUCAAGUUCCGUGACCCAUGAUAACCACACUUGGACUGCUGAGAAUGAGAAAGAAGUAAGGGGAAUCACUGAUCAACAACAUCCUGAAAACAUUUUGGAACAGGAAAACAAAGAGAAUCGCAGUGAGGAAGCAAAUGAUAGUGAGAUACAGAAACGGUUGGAGAUGGAUGGUGGUGAAAACAAUUCGGACUAUUCAGAAAAGGGUUUGUCAUUGACAGAAGCACCAAUCGAUACUAAUGUAGAACCAAGCAACACCACAACUGAUGUCUCAGCAGAAAAUCCCAAGUUACCCGAACAAAAUUUCACUGAGAGUGUGGCCAAGUUAGAUCACGACCAGGGAAUUUCUACUGAAGGUACAUCAACUGAAGGAUCCAACUUAAAAACUAUUGGUCUACAGCAGGCGAAUACUUCUACCUUAACUGUGGAAAAUUAUCUUUUAGACUCUAAAUCAACAGGUCACACUGAACCCAAAACUUCAGAGUCAAACGGUUUCUCUAAGCCGUCCAACGAUACAGACUCCUCUGCAUUUGCCAGAAUGACUAGAUCAGACCACUCCCUUGAAGAUGGGACCAACACACAAAAGAAUAAGACUGUGUCUGAUAUAUCUGUCUCUAUCAAUUCUUGAGACGCAAAAGAUCUCUGAUACAGAUCUUUAUACCUUCACUGAUGAACAGACUGAAGGAGCUAAUGGUGAAUAUGCAACUGCAGAAUGAAGAUAUACUGUAGCUUGACAUAUUGGUCCAUUAUUACCAUGAGCUGAAGUCAUGACACCUAGUUUUUCAGAUGUUCAGGAUUCAGACUCGUCACUCGAUGGAAAUGUAGUACAGAUUAAUACAGUUUCAGGUAUGUUGGUAUUAGUAGGCAUGUUGAAGAUAUGUAGCUUGAAUACAUGAUGAUAUCGAUUAUCAAAUGCUGUCAUCUGUAUAACCAAUUGUGCAGUAUAGUUGCUUUAUAUUGAAGAGUUGUGUUUCCUAGUU